AGAUAAAAAUUAAAAGAAGGCGACGGAGACAGCUGCGCACGGUAAGAGCGCCCUCCGUUUCACCAAACAGCCACAACAGCAAGCAAAAAGUACCCAGCCACACGGAAGCACGAAGGAUUUGUCGGUGGUCAUUGCGAUGAUCAUCGCGAUUGCCGCCUUUGUGGUGGUUUUUCUCAUCUGCUGGUACCUCAACUUUCGUCCGCGGUCUACCAAUCAACUCAAGCCGCUUUACACGAGCCGUAGCCGGCCGGAGAAGGUGCAACGGUGCGAUUAUGUCGUCGUUGGUGCCGGUGCGGCGGGCUUGUCGGCCGUCGCGGCGUUGCUGCACCAAACCUCCGACGACUCCCACGUACUGCUGAUCGAAGGCGGUCCAGAUCCGCAGCCCUCCUCUGCGCUGACACUCCUGUUAAGCGUGGGACGGCGGGACCGUCUGCUGUCCUUCGCACCCGACCUCGUCCGUGUCCCUGCGGAGGCGCUGCCGCGUGGGGCCAAACCCACAUUUAUGGGUCUCCCCACGCCUGACGAGGGCUACCAGGUUCAGCGGCCCUGGCACUUCUCCAAAGUCGAGGAGGACAAGGUCGCAGCAGCAGCAGCAGCAGUGACCACCGCGGCGGAGUCGAAAGCGAACCGGUAUCGUCUACUGCAGUACACCCCGCUUCCCCGCGGCGUGGGGGUGGGCGGGACGGGGCUGCUUGAUUGGGGCAUGCACCUCAACUCCAUCUGGCCGGCGCACGACGUGGCCUCGGCCUCCGCCGGACCCACGACGGCGCUGUGGGCCCGCGUGCCAGUGCACUUUCCCGCCCUCCGCAACCCCCUCUCCUGGGCCUUCGCAGAAACGGUGAAGACGGCAGAACUGGCGCCUCCGUACCUCCCGACGGCGGAUGCGCCGGUAAAACACGGGACCGUCUUUCCCGCCUACUUGUACCUGGACAAGGACGGACGCCGCCUUGCAAUGCCGUCCGCGGUGCUGGCCGACAUCGCACCGGACGUGCUGCGCAGGCGGCUGAGUGUCUUGACCGGUUACACGGUGGUCGACGUGGAGCUUGAAAACAGCGCAGCCGAUAAGGAACGAGAAGAGGAGGCAGACAUCGCGGAGAAGCAAAGGCUGCGUCGCGUCUGCGGCGUGUGUGUGCGUCGCAGCGGCGCACCCUCCACGGAGAAGCCGCAAACCAUUCUCCUAACAAAAGGUGUGGUGCUCUCUGCAGGGGCGGUGCACUCACCUCAACUCCUCCACGACAUUGUCGCGGCACAUAAUCUCACGCUUCCGGUGCCGUUGCCGACUUCUGUUCCGCUUCGGGAUGCUGUGGCGCUGCCGUUGAUUUUUGCAUCCAUGCCGGCGGUCUCUGCGGAUUCCUUCAACGCACGUGACACGAAGGGAGCUGCGAUGUGGUGGAUGACGCAGCGGGGUCCGUUUCUCGCCCCGCUCGGCGACACCGCCGCCUCUCUUCCGCUGCCCCAAAUCGGUCCGCAGGCGGAGCUGCGAAUUUUGCUGCUGCCCUUUGGCGGGCGGGAUGCAACGCGCUUCAAGAGCAUGGGCUGGGACACGGUGUUGGCCACGCCGUUGCAGGCCUACACGAUGCUGCUGAUUGUGCAGGGCAUCGAUGGGUUACAGCAUCAGCUGACGCUGAACAAGACGAUUGCGCCACCCGGCGCGGCGCACGCGCUGGGGCUGUGCCCCCACCACCCAUCACCGACACUGUCAGAAGAAGUUCACCGCCAAGUGCAGGAAGCGCUCUUAUGUGGCAUCAAGGAGUGCCGACGCCUUACCAAAAAGCAUCCCUUGUCUAGCCUCUCCCUCCACCCUGGCGCAGAAUCCGUGGACUUUACGUGUCUCGUGCCGGUGGAUGAAGCGAAGGCGGUGCGGCUGGCGCAGCUGUCACGGCAGAUGCCGUCGAAGCGCACCGCCCGCAACAAGGCGGAGCUGAACGAGUUGAUGCUGUGGGCGAGGCAGCAGCUCAUGACGGAGCCGUACAUGCGGCGCUACGUCGAUGCCCACGCGUACUGGUUAGGCUUUGCGAGCGGCAGCAGUGAGACGUUUUUGGCUUCUCCGAGCUCGUCGAUGAGGGUGGCCGGUCUCGAAAAUGUCGUGGUGGGAGAUGCGUCGGCCGUGACGGCGGAGCAGUGGUCCACUGUGGGGAAGCGGGACACGCUGGCGGCGGCCAGUCGCAGCACCACCAUGCACGCUGCUGAGAAGGCGGUGACGGAGCUCGUGAAGGCGCCUUAG